UCUCUCUAUUGUAUUAUCGAUAUUUAAUAUGUGCAGUGAUUUUAAGUCAUGUUAUUAUAAUCCUGGAACUUAUCAUAAACAAAAAAGUAUUUCGUUGUCUGAAGGUACAUAUGAAAAUUUAAAAAGCACCGCAAACGUUGCUAUGGAGUUACUGUCAAGUUGAAUCAUUAAUUCAAAGCAUUGAUUUCAAAGAAGUUUUACGCACUGUUUGAUUUCUUGGAAUUCUUUCGAAUAGUAGAAUAGUUUUUGUUAUUUUCUAACAUUAAAUAUUUAUACGAGUUUGUGGUGAAUUUAAUACUAACAUAUAAAAUGGAAGAAAGAGAUCUAAGGAAAUUGCUGCAGACGAAAAACGGAUGUCGUAUUCCACCAAUGCUGCCUAUCCCUGAUAUUCAUCAAAUUGACAAAUUGCCAUUUAUACCACUGCCACCGUAUAACCGAAUCAAGGACAAAAAAGCAAAAUUUCGUAAACUUUUGGAGGAAAAUGCCACCCAUAGAAAGAUAAAAAUUGCUCGAGCAUCUACGGAAUGGAGUGAAUGCGAUAAAUUAGAGAUAUCUCAAGAACGGCAUAUAGCCGUCUUGCGUAAAUGUGCCGAGAACAUACAACCGCCUCCAAUGCUCAAGUCAUGGGAAAGAAAAAUAGCAAGUUUAAUACCGGCGAAGCUUAGAAAUGCGAACCCUUCACUAACUGAAGAACUUUUUAACGAAAGUAAGGCUGAAUGGAAUCGAAAUUUACAUGAUUUAGCUGUUAAAACUGUUAUUCGAGAUGUACCUGGUGUAUCUAGAAAAAGAUAUGAAGAGCCAUAUUUUAAAUUUAAAGGAAUUACUUCAAACUAUGACAAAAUGAUUAAGUUUCGUAAAAAACUUAAAACAGGUUCGUUAUUAUUACAUCCAUUUAUCAGACUGAUACUUGAAUCCUCUGAAAAAACUUUUCCUAGUUUUAUUACUGAUCUGUCAAAAUACAGAGCAAAAGGACCCAUGGACUUAGACGAUUUUCAAACAAAAAUAUCGGAAGAAAUAAAACGUGCCGAUUACUUAGUUUCAAGUACUUGGUAUUCUAUUCUGGUUAAAUGGUUGAAAAAUCCUAGAUGUUUAAAAGGCAUGCGUCCGAAAAGAAUACCUGAAUUUGUAAAAUGUGCCACAAAAAUUAUAUCCAUGCAAAUACAAGAAUUAAUGAGAAGAUCUAUUGAUCAAAUAAUAAUUUCCUUAAAAGAUCCUGAAUCAGUCCCAAUAUUAAACAUAGCUCUUGAUUUUGAUGGUGAAUUUAUAUUCGAUCCAUCACUUGAUGCAGUGUUUAAUGUGUAUCAUACAAUAGCUGAUGCAAUUUCUCACAUAGCACAGAGACUUAUGCCAAUCGAACAAUAUCUCAAAAUACAUUACAGCCAUGACGCUCUGCCUGUUACAUAUAAUGAAUGGCUUCAUAAUGACGGCCAUGAAAGAAUACAACAACAGUUAAAUAUUGUAUUUGCUCCUCUCGUACAUUAUUUGGGAAAGUUAAGACAAGAUUACAAUAUGUUGUAUGGAGUUUCUGCUAAAUACAACUUAGCAAAAUUUAUUGAAGAGACUGAAAGUUUUGAAGAGUCUAGAGAUAAAAUUAAAUACUUUCAAGCUAUAGAUUCUGAUAUAACAGCUGUUAUAGAAAACGAAUAUUUUAAUUGUGCAUUAGUUUCCCAAAUAAGAAUGAUAAACGGAUUAAAAAAUAAAGCUUUAGAAUUCAUCAAUGAUAUCAUAGCAGGAAUAGUACGAACACAUAUCGAUGAAAAUGAAAGCAUUUGUAAGGAGUUUGAAAUAAUUGCUGCAAAAGCCCUAAAAGAACCAGAAAAUGCUGCUGAAUUAGUAGAACAAGGAGUGUAUAUUUUGCACGCAAAAACGGUUUUAAUAGAAGGAUUAAAAGAAAGAAUUCUGAUACAAAUAAAUAUAAUAUCUAGUUUAUUGGAAAUAACGUCUCUCACACCUGAGCACAUAGCUUCUAAUACAAGAACAGUAAACUGGCUUAAAGAAAUAAAGCCAAUAUUUGAUAAAAAUGCAGCUUCUUAUGAAACAUUUAAGGCGGAGAUGGAAGAGAAUUUAUUGGGUAAAAUCGCAUAUAUAAAUAAACAAGUUAUAGAAAUGACACCAUAUCUUGAAUUAUUAGACAACAUGGAUGAUAUUAAUCACACGCUUGAAUAUUUAGAGUAUUUAAGAAAGUUGGUUCAUCGGCUUGACGACUGUGACAAGUUAGUUGCAUGGAUUAAUAAUGAAGAGAUAACGUUUAAAUUUCCUGUAUCUAGUUAUCCAGACUUAGAAGAACUAAAGGAUUAUAUUAAACCUUUUCAUGCUCUUGUUUAUUUACUGCAUAAAUGGAGACGAAACUAUUAUACCUGGAUGGACGGCAUAUUCGAAUAUUUAGACCACGAAAAAAUUGAACAAGAACAUGACUUUUACUAUAAAGAAUUUUUGAAAUUAUCAAAAGCUUAUAGAAGCAAAAUUAAGCAACAAAUAGCAGAAGGUGUCGAAAAACGUUUUCAAGGCUUAGUUGAUGAUCCUGAUAUGAAUAAUCUACCUGCUCCUAUGAAACUAUGUGCUCAAGCUGUUGCUGAAAUAAAAGAAUGGCGACCUAAUGUUCAGAUGGCUCACAUAAUGUGUAAUCCUGCCUUAGUACAGAGACAUUGGGAUGAAAUGUCAAAUAUUGCUGGAUUUGAUUUAACACCUACUGCUGGAACUACACUACGAAAAAUUAUUAAUUUUGAUUUGUGGGCCGAUUUAGAUCAGUACGAAAUAAUAAGCGUAGCGGCAACUAAAGAAUUAGCACUUAUAACAAAUCUUAAUAAAAUGAUGGCCGAAUGGGUUGAUAUAUGUUUUAAAACGAGUCCAUAUAAAGAUACAGGCAUUUUUAUACUUUCUGGUCUUGAUGACAUACAGAGUGUGCUUGAUGAUCAUAUUAUAAAGACCAUUGGUAUGCGCGGCUCAGCAUUCGUCAAACCUUUUGAAACCCAAGUUAAAGCAUGGUAUGAAAAAAUUACUCGUGUGAAUUCAACCAUUGAUGAGUGGGGAAAAGUUCAAAGCCAGUGGCUUUAUUUGUUACCUAUUUUCUCUUCUAAAGAUAUUGUUGCUCAAAUGCCGGAGGAAGGAGUUAUGUUUGUUGAAGUAAACAAUAUUUAUCGUCGUUAUAUGGGAUCUGUGGAUAAAGACCCUCAUGUCUUAGAAAUCGCUGGUGGAUCUGGCGUAUUAGAGUCAUUCAAAAUAGCUUCUGGUAUGCUAGAAAAAAUCAACGACGGAAUCAACAAUUACUUAGAAAAGAAGCGAUUAUUUUUUCCAAGAUUUUUCUUUUUAUCAAAUGAUGAAAUGUUGGAAAUCUUAUCAGAAACAAAAAACCCUCUCAAAGUACAACCCCAUCUAAAAAAAUGUUUUGAAGGUAUCAAUAGAUUGGUAUUCGAUCCAGAUUAUAAUAUAUCUGCAAUGAUAUCAAUGGAAGGUGAGCAAAUAGAAUUCUUGGAAAUUAUUAGUGUUUCUGCUGCAAGGGGUUCUGUUGAAAAGUGGCUUGUUCAAGUUGAAGAGCAAAUGUUGAAAGCCGUUAAAUCGGAAACUGAGUUGUCUUAUUACGAUUAUCCAACUCUUAGCCGAGCAGAGUGGAUAUUAUUAUGGGAAGGUAUGGUAGUGUUAGCGAUUUCUCAAAUAUAUUGGGCUGUGGACGUUCAUGAAUGCUUGAAUACACACAAGUUAAGUGAGUUAAAGUCAUUUCACGACAGUUUAACUAAACAACUUAAUGAAACUGUGGGAAUAAUUCGUAGAACUGAUUUAUCAAAGCUUAGUAGUAUUACAGUAAAAGCUUUAAUUGUAAUAGAUGUUCAUGCUAAAGACGUUAUACAGUAUCUUGUUGAGAAAGAUGUGACAGAAGUAACGGAUUUCCAAUGGCUAGCUCAGUUACGUUAUUAUUGGGAAGAAGAAAGAGUUUUUGUUAAAAUUAUCAAUGCAGUUGUUAAUUAUGCCUAUGAAUAUUUAGGGAAUUCAGAUCGUUUAGUAAUAACUCCAUUAACAGAUCGUUGUUACCGUACAUUAAUAGGUGCCUACUACCUCCACUUGAAUGGUGCCCCCGAAGGACCUGCAGGAACUGGUAAAACAGAAACUACGAAAGAUUUAGCUAAAGCUCUAGCUGUCCAAUGCGUAGUUUUUAAUUGUUCAGAUGGCUUGGAUUACAAGGCAAUGGGUAAAUUUUUUAAAGGCUUAGCGUCAUGUGGUGCUUGGGUUUGUUUUGAUGAAUUCAAUAGAAUCGAAGUCGAAGUUUUGUCUGUCAUUGCUCAGCAAAUUUUGUGUAUAGUACAAGCAGUAAGGCAACAUUUAGAGACAUUUGAUUUUGAAGGUACUAUCUUAACUUUAAACCCAGCUUGUUACGUUUGUAUUACUAUGAACCCUGGCUAUGCAGGACGGUCGGAGCUACCGGAUAAUCUUAAAGUAUUAUUUAGAACAGUUGCAAUGAUGGUACCAGAUUAUGCUAUGAUUGGUGAAAUAUCAUUAUACUCAUUUGGUUUUAUAGAUGCAAGGAGUUUAUCUGUGAAAAUAGUGACGACAUAUCGACUAUGUUCCGAACAACUAUCUUCGCAAAACCAUUAUGAUUAUGGUAUGCGUGCUGUUAAAACAGUUUUAUCUGCGGCGGGAAACUUGAAAAGAAGUUUUCCCAAUGAAAAUGAAAGUAUUUUGUUACUUAGAUCAAUCACAGAUGUUAAUUUGCCAAAGUUUUUGUCUUUUGAUGUUCCUUUAUUUGAAGGAAUUAUAUCAGAUUUAUUUCCUGGUAUAACAUUACCUAAGCCAGAUUAUGAUAAUUUGUUAAAAGCAUGUGAAGUAACUUGUGAAAGGAAUAACUUACAGCCCGUAGAUUGUUUUUUACUUAAAGUUAUCCAGACUUAUGAAAUGAUGAUCGUCAGGCAUGGUUUUAUGUUAGUAGGUGAUCCAUUUUCAGGCAAAUCAAUGACAUUAAAAAUAUUGUCAGAAGCUUUAACUUUGAUGGAAGAAAAAGAACAGCCCGGCGGAGUUGAGUGUACAUAUAAAGUCCUUAAUCCAAAAGCAGUCACCAUGGGUCAAUUAUAUGGUGCUUUUGAUCCAAUAUCGUACGAGUGGACAGAUGGUAUUGUAGCGACAAUGUUUAGAGAUUUUGCCUCCGAAGAUACACCUGUUAGAAAAUGGAUUGUGUUUGAUGGACCUGUUGACGCCGUGUGGAUUGAAAAUAUGAAUACCGUAUUAGAUGAUAAUAAAAAGCUUUGCUUGACAUCUGGAGAAGUUAUGGCUAUGUCCAAUGUUAUGUCAAUGAUUUUUGAAGUUAUGGAUCUUUCACAAGCCUCGCCUGCUACAGUGUCGAGAUGUGGGAUGAUAUAUAUGGAAUCCGCAACCUUUGGAUCUAUGCCAUUUUACAAAUCAUGGUUAAAUACACUUAAUCCGAUUUGGUUGGAGGAAAAUGAAGAUUUUAUUUAUGAUAUAUGUUCAUGGUUAAUAGACCCUUUAUUAUAUUAUGUUAGAAAAUAUUGUGUACAACUAGUUACAGCUGGUGAAGUAAAUUUAAUUAUUAGUACUCUAAGACUCAUACAAAUGCUAAUGGAUAAUGCUAUUGAAGGAGAAGAAGAUACUAAAUACACCAGAACAUGGAUUUUAGCUUCAUUUAUGACUGCUCUGGUUUGGGGUAUAGGCGGUAUAUUAAACACUGAUUCACGAGAAAGAUUCGAUGACUUAGUGAAGGAGUAUUUCAAAGGAGAGAAGGGAAUUCCUCCUGAAAUGGAAAAACUUGAUGUUUCUAUACCUGUUGAAGGAAUGAUAAUAGAACAUUAUUAUAUGUACAAAAGUAAAGGAUGUUGGAAACCUUGGCCAGAUGCUGUCAAAGCUGCUCAAAUUAAAGAACAAAUAAAUCUUUUGCAAACUGUAAUUCCUACACUAGAAACUGAAAAGUAUAUAUAUCUAUUACAACUUCACACGAAAUUUUCAAAUCCUUUAUUAUUGAUAGGACCGACAGGAACUGGCAAAAGUUUUUAUGUUCAAAACUAUUUAAUGUCUGUCAAUUUAGAAAAAUAUACACCUGGGUUUAUUACAUUUACAACGACUACGUCAGCUAAUCAAACUCAAGACUUGGUUCUUUCUAAGUUAGUAAAAAGGAGAAAAAAUAAUUAUGGACCAACAAGGGGAAAACAAGCAAUUAUAUUUAUUGAUGAUAUGAAUAUGCCUGCAAAAGAAGUAUAUGGUGCUCAACCUGCCAUUGAAUUAUUAAGGUUAUAUUUUGAUCAAAAACAUUGGUACGAUUUAAAAACAACCGAAAAUCUUUAUAUAUAUGAUACAUUUUUUUAUGGCGCAAUUGGACCCGUAGGAGGAAGCAGGCAGUUGAUUUAUCCAAGAAUGUUAAGACAUUAUAAUAUUUAUUCAAUUAACGAAUUUUCAAAAGAAAGCAUGACUAAAAUAUUUACAUCAUUACUACAACUUGGUUGGAGACGGAACGGCUUUGGUCAAGAUACUCAACCGAUUAUCGUUAAUAUAAUAGCAGCUACGAUGAAUAUUUAUGACCUAGCUACAGAAGGGUUAAGGCCAACACCAGCUAAGUCACAUUAUAUUUUCAACCUAAGGGAUUUUUCUAGAGUUAUACAAGGAUGUGCUUUAUUAAGAAAGGAAUCUGCAGAUAACAAAAAAACCUUUACAAGAGUAUGGGUACAUGAAAUAAUGCGAGUGUUCCUUGAUAGACUUGUUGAUGAACCUGAUCGUGCUUGGUUUUUUAACCUUUUACGAAAAACUACUCAAGAAUUCAUGAAAGAUACGUUUGAUUCAGCCUUAGAUACUUAUCAAAACGAUAAGGGAGAAGUUACACAAGAAAAUGUUAAACAAAUGAUGUUUGGGUGUUAUCUUGACCUUGACAGUGCAGAAGGAGAGAGAAGAUACGAGGAAUUACCAUCAAAAGAGGUAUUUUUGAAUAUCGCUAUGUCUAUGUUGGCGGAAUAUAAUGCAAUGCAUAAGGCUAAAAUGAAUAUAGUGCUAUUUGACUAUGCAUUGGAACAUUUAUCAAAAAUAUGUAGAUUAUUAUCUAUGCCCUCCGGGAAUGCUUUACUUGUUGGAGUAGGUGGAUCUGGACGACAAUCUCUUACUAGGUUAGCGAGUACAAUAUUAGGCCAGCAAGUGUACCAACCAGAAAUAACAAAAAGUUACAGCUUAAAAGACUGGCAUGACGAUAUAAAGUUAGUCCUACGUGAAUCAGGAGGCUUAAACAAAGACACGACAUUCUUAUUUACCGAAAAUCAGAUAAAAGAGGAAGUUUAUAUUCAAAACUUAGACAGUUUGUUAAAUUCCGGCGAGGUUCCAAAUUUGUAUGGCUUAGACGAAAUUCAAGAAAUACUUGAAUUAGUGCGUUUAGCAGCUCAAGGUGGAAAUAGAAAUCUUGAUAUUAGUCCAUUGCAGAUUUUAUCUUUUUUUGUCGGCCGAUGCAAAGCAAAGUUACACUGUGUUUUGUGUUUUAGUCCAAUUGGAAGUUCUUUUAGGACCAGAUUAAGACUAUACCCUUCUUUAGUAAACUGUUGCACUAUAGAUUGGUAUGACAGUUGGCCAGAGGAUGCUUUAGAAAUGGUAGCUCAUCAUUACAUGGGAAAAGUGAAUGUUUCAGACAAAGUCAAAGCCGCUGCAGUUAUAGCAUGUAAACAAUUUCAUGUAGAUGCUCGAAUAAUAUCGACUGAUUUUUACAAUCAAUUUGGAAGGAAGACUUAUAUAACAUCAGCUUCAUAUUUAAAUUUAAUUAAAUCGUUUACUAUAUUAACAAAUAAAAAACAACGAGAAUUACGGGCAGCCAAAUUGAGGUAUACGAACGGUUUAGAUAAACUUGGUCAAGCAGCGGAUGCAGUAGCUAUAAUGCAACGCGAUUUAAAUGCCUUGAAACCUCAACUUAUAGUAAUGGCUGCAAAGUCAACGAAAAUGAUGGAAGAAAUAGCAGUUGAAACUGCCACUGCUGAUAAAGCUGCUGCACAAGUAAGAGAGGACCAAAAAGUAGCCAAUGUUCAAGCAGCAGCUGCACAAGAGCUUAAGAAAGAUUGUGAAGCUGACUUAGCUUUGGCGUUGCCUAUUUUAGAAGAUGCUAUUGCUGCUUUAAAUACUCUCAAGCCUGCUGAUAUUACAAUAGUGAAGUCAAUGAAAAAUCCACCAGCUACUGUAAAGUUGGUAAUGGCUGCAGUAUGUGUUAUGAAAGGGCUUCCUCCUGAUAAAAUACCAGAUCCAGAUAAUCCAGGUAAGAAAAUCCUGGAUUACUGGGGUCCUAGCAAAAGGGUUUUGGGUGACAUGGGCUUUUUAGAUUCACUUAAAAACUUUGACAAGGAUAAUAUACCGGUGGCUACAAUGCAGAAAAUAAGGAAAGAAUAUCUAUCCAACAAAGACUUCAAACCACACAUUAUUGCAAAAGCUUCUACGGCAGCAGAAGGUUUGUGUAAAUGGAUAAUAGCAAUGGAUAUGUAUGAUGCUGUUGCUAAAGUGGUAGCUCCAAAAAAAGCUAAACUAGAAGCGGCUGAAAAAGAGUUCGCUGAAACAAUGGCUAUACUUGAAGAAAAGAAAGCUACCGUUGCCAGAUUGGAAGCAAAAUUAGCGGAAUUAAAUGAAGCCUUAGAAGAAGCUAAUGCUAAAAAAAAAGCAUUAGAAGAUGAGGUACAGUUGUGCAUAGAUAAGUUAUAUCGCGCUGAAAAACUUAUUGGUGGACUGGGAGGUGAAAAAGUUAGAUGGACAAUGGCAGCCGAAAACUUACAACUGUUGUAUGAUAACUUAGCAGGUGAUAUUCUUGUAUCAUGUGGUAUUAUUGCAUAUUUAUCUCCAUAUACAGCACCAGUAAGAAUAUCGGUGAUAGCACAGUGGCGAGAUUUGAUUAUUAAACUGGAAAUGCCGCAUUCUGAACAAUUCGUCUUUAAAGAUAUUUUAGGAACAGAUAUUAAGAUUCAAAAUUGGUGUAUAGCUGGCUUACCUUGGGAUUCUUUUUCUAUUGACAAUGGUGUUAUACAAGAUAACUCGUUACGUUGGUCUUUACUUGUAGAUCCUCAAGGUCAAGCUAAUAAAUGGAUCAAAACUAUGGAAAAAUCAAAUGAUUUACAAGUAAUGAAAUUUACUGAUGGCAAUUACAUGAAAGUUAUAGAAACAUGUCUAGAAUAUGGUAAACCCGCUUUAAUAGAUUGCAUUUUAGAAGAUGUUGAGCCUCCAUUAGAUCCUGUCUUAUUAAAGCAUACUUAUACACAAGGUGGAAAAGAAUUUAUUGCCUUAGGAGAAAACGUGAUUGAAUAUCAUCCCAAUUUUAGGUUAUAUAUGACUACAAAAUUAAGGAAUCCCCACUAUUUACCAGAAGUAUUUAAUAAAGUUACAUUGAUUAAUUUUGCUUUAACAAAAGAUGGAUUAGAAGAUCAACUACUAGGUAUAGUAGUUGCUAAGGAAAGGCCAGAUCUACAAGAAAAGCGCGAAAAACUAAUUGUGCAAGGUGCAGCAAAUCGUGCAGCGCUGAAGCAGACAGAGGAUGACAUCUUGCGGACACUACAAGAAUCAAAAGGUGAUAUAUUGGAAGAUGAAACGGCAAUAGAAGUUUUAGAUUCAUCAAAACUAUUAGCUAUUGAUAUAAUGAAAAAGCAGGAAGCAUCAGUUGAGACUGAAAUUAUUAUUGAAAACUUUAGACUUGGAUACAGACCUAUAGCUUCUCAUUCAGCUGUACUGUAUUACUGUGUUACUGAGUUGCCGAAUGUAGAUCCCAUGUAUCAGUACUCUUUGACGUGGUUUAUAAAUUUAUACAUAACUUCGAUUGAAAAUGCAAAUAAGUCUAAAGAUUUAGAAAAAAGGUUGAAAUUCCUAAAAGAGACUUUUACAUACAAUUUGUACAGUAACGUUUGUAGAUCAUUAUUUGAUAAAGAUAAGCUAAUGUUUUCCUUUAUUAUGUGUUCGAAAAUGAUGUUGUCCACGGGUGAAAUGAGUCACGACGAAUAUUUAUUUCUCAUCACAGGUGGAAUAGCAGUAGAAAAUAUUUACAAGAAACCUAUCGAUUGGAUACCAGAUAAGGGUUGGGAUGAAAUAUGUCGGCUAAAUGAUUUACCGACAUAUAAUGGCUUCAAAGAUAGUUUUAUCAAUAUAUCAGACAAGUGGAAGGAAGUUUACGAUGACAAAGAACCCCACCGCAAGAGCUUACCCGGCGGCUGGGACGAUAAAGUAACACCAUUUCAAAAACUACUAAUAGUAAGAGUUCUAAGACCUGAUAAAUUAAUUUUUGCAAUCUCUGACUUCGUAGAGAAACAAAUGGGACUAAAAUAUAUAACACCGCCUCCAUUUGAUAUCGGAAAAUCCUUCGGAGAUUCAAACUGUUUGGCGCCUUUAAUUUUUAUUCUAUCUCCUGGUUCAGAUCCAAUGGGAGCUCUAAUAAAAUACUGUGAAAAAAUGGGUUAUUCUAAUAGAUUCAAUUCUAUAUCGUUGGGUCAAGGUCAAGGUCCAAUUGCAAAAGCUAUGAUAGAAAGAGCACAACUGGAAGGUGGAUGGGUGUGUUUACAAAAUUGUCAUUUAGCAGUAUCUUGGUUACCAACGUUAGAAAAGCUCGUUGAAGGUUUCGAUUUGACAAAUACCGAUUUAAGUUUUAGAAUGUGGCUUACAAGUUACCCCUCAGAGAAAUUCCCUCAAUCAGUUUUACAAGUAGGUGUUAAAAUGACAAACGAACCACCUACCGGCCUUCAACAUAAUUUGUUAAGGUCCUAUUUGUCCGAACCACUUAAAGAACCUGAGUUUUAUGAAGGAUGCCCCGGCAAAGAUAAAGCUUUUAGCAAGCUUCUUUAUGGAAUCAGCUUUUUUCACGCAGUCGUUCAGGAAAGGAAGAAAUUUGGCCCGUUGGGGUGGAAUAUUCAGUAUGGAUUUAACGAUUCUGAUUUUCAUAUAUCUGUAAUGCAAUUGCAAAUGUUUUUAAAUCAAUACGAAGAAAUACAAUACGUAGCAAUUAAAUACUUAACAGGGGAAUGUAAUUAUGGUGGUCGCGUAACUGACGAUUGGGAUAGAAGAUUAAUAGUCACAAUUCUAGACAAUUACGUUAAUUCUGGAGUAGUCAAUGACCAUAAUUAUUUAUUUUGUGAUUUGGGACCACAAUAUGGACUUCCGCGUCGGUGCGAAUAUCAAGAUUAUAUUAAGCAUAUUGAAUCAGUCCCUGUGAAUCCUCCACCUGAAGUAUUUGGAUUACAUAUGAAUGCAGGAAUAACCCGUGAUUAUUCGAUUUCAAUGGCAUUGGCUACUUCAUUGAUUUUAGUCGAAGGCAGUAGUGGUGGGGGUGAAGGAGGAAACACGGAGGCUAUAGUUAUGCACAUGUCUUCAGAAAUAUUAUCUAAAUUGCCAUCAUCAUUCGAUAUAGAAAUUUGCCAAAAAAAGUAUCCCGUGGAUUAUAAUGAAUCGAUGAACACUGUAUUGAUUCAAGAAAUGCAGCGCUUCAAUAAGCUGUUGCAUGAAAUUAAAACGUCUUUGGUAGACGUGCAAAGAGCUGUCAAGGGAGUUAUUGUUAUGUCUCCAGCACUCGAUUUACAAUCCAGUGCUAUGUUGCUAGGAAAGAUACCUGCUAAUUGGACAAAAGUUUCUUAUCCAAGUCUGAAACCGUUACCAAGUUACGUUACGGAUUUCAUUGAACGUUUAGCUAUGUUGGAGGAUUGGUAUACAAAUGGUAAGCCUCCAACAUUUUGGCUAUCUGGAUUUUUUUUUACUCAGGCCUUUCUUACUGGUUCAAUUCAAAACUACGCACGUGCUAAAAAAAUUCCCAUUGAUUUGUUAAUUUUUGAUUUUCAAGUUUCGAAUGUAGAUUAUGAACAAACACCGGCUGAGCAUGGGGUAUAUGUGCAUGGACUUUUUAUGGAUGGUGCACGAUGGGAUCGGAAAUCGUUUGCCAUCGGGGAACAGUUGCCAAAGGUUUUAAACGAUAACAUGCCCGCUAUAUGGCUAUAUCCCAAAUUAAAACCAGAAUUUCUAGAAGGUGAUAGGUAUAAGUGCCCUCUGUACAAGACUUUAGAGAGAAAAGGUGUUUUGGCCACAACAGGCCAUUCGUCUAAUUUUGUACUGGCAUUUUAUUUACCGUCCGACAAACCUUCAGCUCAUUGGAUAAAACGAAGCGUUGCUCUUUUGCUUCAGUUGGAUAAUUAAACAAAAUAGGCUUAAAGCUGAAAACAUUUGGUGUGCUUAUACUAUUUUUUAUCUAUGAUUAGGUAGUAGAUUAUUUUAAACCGGUAGUAGUAAAUGAAUUAGUUUGUAUAGCAGUGGAUCAAUUUUGUAAAAAAAUAUGCUAGGUAGGUACCUAAUGUAUAGCAGAAAAUAAUGUUUUUUUUUCGUAGUUCUAUAAAAUAUUAUAGUCAAUCUAUUCCUGGAGGUUCUUUGGAUGAAGUGAUUUGUGUAUAAGUAUAAGCGGAAGGUUCCUUUGGUAAGGGAAUGUUCCUUCAGUUUAUUAUAACGCUCUCGUAAUUUACUAUAUUAGGAAGAUAUCUCGCUUUACAUAGCACUGCAAGUUAUAUACCUAUCUGUUAUAGACUUAGAUAAACCAUUCUUAAUUAUAGAUUGUCAUUUUAAUACCAACCAUCAAAGUUAUUUUUCUAAUGCGAGUCACGACUUGGUCUGCAUCGAAUUCCGUUUUUGAAGUAAAACUCGGGAGAGGCUUUAUGAUGCGUGCUGACCUUAGACCAUUAAAAAGGUGCUGACAUCUACAGGCAUAGUGAAACAGUGUUUGUUUUUUUGAAGUACCGGUAUAUAAUUGAAACAACUUUUUUGUACAAUAUGAACCUGUUGCAAUGCAAUAUGAAAGAAACUUUUUUUUUACAGUUAUGAAAAAAACAAAAAAUCUCAAUCUUGUGGUUUGGAUUUCCGAUUAUAAACGAACUAAAAAAAACACAAAGCUAUGUUUUUUUUUCUUAAUUAAACAAAGCUUAGUCUGCCUGUGUGGCCAAUUUAUUCAGUAAUUUUGAAGAUUAGCGUGCAAACAGACAGGCACAUCAUUUUUAUAAAUAACUUUUUGUAUUUCUUUGUUCGUCUUUUAUCAUCUUUUAAUUAUUAUCUUACAUAUUAUGUAUUUAGAAGUUUAUAAUGACUGCAUAACAUUUAUCUACGUAUUUUUAUAGCUUGACUGUGACCAAAUGUUUCUUAUCAUGUUUAUUAAUGUAUUAAAUUUCUUUCAAUGUAUAGUGAAGUUUAUUAUUUUACAGCAGUAUACUUCCACUUCGUGUCAUAAAGGUAUAGGUCCCGGCAAAUAAGUUGAAUCAAAAUGGCGGUACAAUUCUAAAAAAAGUGUUAAACACUUAAACGCAUGUUCCGUGGUUGCCCAGAAAUUAAAAAAAAAACUUAAAGCUUUUAAUUUUUCAAAUAACAGUGGCACUGGCAUGCUAGGUAGGUAUAUUAUAUGUUUUAAAUAUAAAAAGGUUAGUAGGCUCGUCUACAUGUUAGGUUUACAAGCAGCUGUUACUAUAAUCCUCUUCAAUACGUCUUUUAUAAAAUAGGCUAGUUGACACUUUUUCUUAAAUAGUCUUAAAUUGAACAUUAUCGGUCUACUAGAUUGAAAAAAAUAACUAAUUUUAUUGAGACGUGAUUACAUAAAUUUUUUUAUUUUUGAAAUAUUUAUUUGAUUUGAUUUGUGAUUAGCAUCAAGAAGGAACAUUGUGUGGUGACACCACAAAAUUGACAACGGAGUUUUUGAUGUUUGUAAAAUUUAAAAAAUAUAUGAUUUUUAAAUUAAGUUUAAUAUGAAAUCCUUAACUUUUAUUAAUUUAUUGAUAUCGAUAUAUUUCGGACCCUUACUCCAUGUAGGUACAAUACGAAGUUAUUACUGUUUUUAAUAAAUUUGAUAAGAGUCAACUUCCCUAAUAUGUUAACUGUUGAUACAGGCUUUUUUGACUUCGUAGGUAUGUUUUAUUUCAAGAAUGUUGAGUUUUUAUAUAAUAAUUGUAAACAUGAAACACUUCUUCUUGCUCUCUUUAAAAUUGGUUGUAUUAAUUUUAUUUUCUUGACAUUAAAACUAAAUGAAACUUAGAGAAAUACGAUGUCAAGGAAUUAAUUAAGUUAAUUUAAACUAUAAGUAUAAUUGGACUAAUUCUAUAGCAAGAUUACAAUAUACGAUUGCAUCAAUUUAUGAAUUUACGUCAAUUUUUAUUAUGGCGGUACAUAGGAAAUAAUUUAUUAAUUAACAGUUUGAAAACAUAUGAGGAAGAUAAAAUAUUUUUAAGGUGAUUUAUCCUAUGGUGGCUAGAAUAUGUUAAUUUUUUUUUACUGGUUUACUGACCUCGCGGAAAUCUUAACAUUAAAUAAAAUCUAAUAACAAUAGAGACAAAGUUUCCCAAGUUAAUGAUUUUAAAUAUUUCAUAUAUUUGUUAAAAAUAUCUGAAAAUAAAAAUUUGUGACUAGGUAAAUCAUAAAAGAAGUAUUUAUUUUAAGUGGGUACUAUUUGUACCUGCUUUGUACGAAACCCUCAGUGGGCGAGCGCAAUUCACUCUUAUCCAUUUUUUUAAUUACGUUUAUUCGUCAAAGUUAAACAUAAUAUUUAUUAUCAUGUUGGUUAUCUAAAUACUUAAA